UCAAUUGGCUAUUUAUGUCUCAAGGUCGAGCUGGGUACCCGGUACCGGUACCGCCGGCCGGGUCAAGCGGGUUAAUCAAUCAAGGGCACAUGGUGCGGUCGACGAGAUAGGUACAUCGUGUACUUGACACAUAGAGGAAUAAGGCCUAAAGUCGGUAGCGUUUAAUCGAAAUCGAGAGCCAGCACUAAUUGCCUGAUCAAUUUUGGAGGUCAGCGAAAUAUACGUGGCAUCUUCCCAAAGUGUAAAUCUGUACUUGAUUGUCGUGCGAGCGAAGUGAACCAGAGUGCUAAGCAAAUCCAGAGCCCUCAGCUAGGCUGUAGAAUUUUUCCUGGAGUAGGAGGCUGGGUAAUAUUUGUCAGGACAUAAAAUGGCGGAGAAGCUACCGAUGAUGAUCGACUGCGACCCAGGUGUCGACGACGCAAUAGCAAUCAUGAUGGCUUUGUCCCAGCCCAGUGUCGACUUACUAGCCAUCACAUGUGUUGCUGGGAACACGCACUUGGAUAAUGUGCUGCGCAACGCUCUCAGGGUGCUAAGAGUUUGUGACAGGUUGGAUGUUCCUGUGUACAAAGGUGCAGAUGUGCCCUUGCUGAAUCUCCACAACAAACGAGCACAUGACGUCCAUGGUUCAGAUGGCCUAGGGGGUGUGCCCGACCCAGACCCUCCCAGUCUCGAUCUGGUCCAAUCAGAGCACGCCGUCCACGCCAUGCUUCGCUUGACCAAAGAGCACCCUGGUCAAGUGACCAUGCUAGCCAUCGGACCACUGACCAAUCUAGCUCUGGCCAUACGACUGGAUCCGGGAUUCACCGGUAGACUGAAGAAGCUGGUAAUCAUGGGAGGCAACACAGAGGGAUCAGGGAGCGAGACAGACGCAGCAGAGUUCAACUUCCACGUAGACCCCGAAGCUGCUCACAUACUGCUGAGUGACGUCCAGUGUCCCACCGUCAUUGUGGCAUGGGAGACCUGCCUUCAGAAUGGACUGCCUUGGGAUUGGUUUGAGGUAUGGUCAAGCACCCCGACUGCCAAGGCCAAGUUUGUGUCGGCCAUCCUCCAUGGUCGGUUCCUGACCUACCUGAAGAGUCACGAGAAGGUGUUCAGAGUGUGCGACGGCCUGGCCAUGGCCGUGGCCCUCCGGCCCGAAAUGAUCUUGAAAGCGCUGACCUGCCCGGUCAUGGUGGAGCUGCAGGGCCGGGUCACCCGAGGUCAGAUGGUGCGGAGGGUCAAGAACACAGAGGGCUUGCCACUGGGGCCGGAGGUCAAAGUGGUGAUCAGGUGUGACACUGACAUACUAAGGAAGCUGAUGGAGGAUACUGUGGUAGAAUGAGUGGCAUUUCUUCCACAUUUGGGUCCCGCUCUUCUGUAAAAAGAGGGGCAGUAUUGUGAGCCUUGCCAUUUUAGUCGUUUUCAGUGUAUAUUUCCUUGAAAGUUUUCUUGGCCAGACAACCAAAUCUGAUUGCACGUGGGCUCCUGAAGUUAACAAAAUUUGUGAGGCAUCACUUUAAACAUCUGGGAAUGGUAAAUAUUAAAUAUAUGCCAUAUUUUCUUGUUUUUCAUAAGCCUGAUUAGCCUUAUUUGUUUUCAAUCUUUAUCCCCAACUCCCUAGGCGUAGUUAGUAGGAACCAUCCUCAAUCCUCCAAAAUCCUCCGAUUUUCGACAUGAAAUAAUUGCGUUCAGCCUCAAUCCUCCAAAAUUUCUUGAGAAUGUUUUUCAGAGGUGUACCUAGUGUCUCAAUCCUUCAAAAUCCUCCGGCAUUUCCUGUCAUUAGGUUGAGGCGGUGCGAAUGGUAUUCAUGAGCUUUGCGGUUGAUUCCAAAGCAACAUCAGGCUGAAUUUGUGCUUGACAAAGCAAAAACAACACAAGGUCUAAUCCAAGACCUUGCCAUUCACCCUCAAUCCUCCAAAAUCCUCCAAAACUGCCUGAAGGAUUUUGAAGGAUUGAGGAAGGUCAGGGUUAAAACACACUGUAUCUUUGAAACAAAAUCACUUUAAGCAAAGUUAUUGUAAACAAUGAAGUGUCACUUGAACACUGAAUCUAUUUUUGGAAACCAACUUUAUGUCUAAAACACAUAUCUUUAUCAAAAAUUAUUGAAAAUUACACGAAAAAUAUUUUGUAUUCUGUAACAAUGAAAUAUGCCGUCUUCACUUCAAUAACCCAGUGAAGAACACAUUUUAUUAAAACUAUAAUUGUUUGUAUUGAGGCUUGACAUGCAAACAAAAUGCAAUAGAAAUGUAUUCCUUCCCAAGUUUAUUACAGUUACUCAGUAAAAUUGAAAGUUAAACAUUUCUCAUUAUUUAUUCCUACAAAUUGUCUGCCAGUAUUCUGUACAGCAUGGCAGUUUUGUAGUUGAGUCAAUCACAAGUCCCCACAAUCACACGUCCGUAACAAGUCAUCGGUCUUAAACGACGUCACAAGCUAUUAAAAUGAACUACGAUGAAGGUAUACUCGUAUCAUUGUUCAAUCUGUUACUUGUGAAUGGUCGUGUGAAAGGACUCGGCUUCAUCACUGCAGU